UUACUGAGUGAUGAAGUCCAUCGUUGGUGUUCUCUCUCCGUCCAAUCCACCUCGCCGGAGAUGGCCUUACAGUCGCAGCUCGCCUCGAAGUCGCCCGAAGUACAGCUUCUAUGUUUGUCUUCCUGCAAAAUCUCAGCUAGAAUCUCCAGGAGCAUCGCGAUCGCUCUUCGGCCACCAGUGCAACCGUUGUCGUCGUCGUCAUCAGCAGCAGCUGAAAGUGCACGCCGAAGAUUCUGGAACUUUUGCGGCACCAGUACUGGAAAUGUUCAACUGAGACGAAAUGUUGCUGUUAGAUCUCAUCUGAAAUUGAAUCUCCCCCUCAUUUCUCCGCAUGACCAGUGGGGCAACUGGACUGUUUUAUUCUCCGUUGGAGCCUUCGGUAUCUGGUCUGAGAAAACGAAGGUUGGUAGUGCAUUAAGUGGUGCCCUAGUGAGCGCAUUGGUGGGACUUGCAGCCAGUAAUUUUGGGAUCAUUGCAUCUGAUGCUCCAGCUUUUCCUUUUGUUUUGGAGUUUUUGCUACCGUUAGCAGUUCCUAUGCUGUUAUUUAGGGCAGAUUUGCGCAAUGUAAUAAAGUCAACUGGGACACUUCUCUUGGCAUUUUUGUUAGGUUCAGUUGCAACAACAAUUGGAACUGUUGUGGCCUAUUUUCUUGUACCAAUGCAAUCACUUGGUCAGGACAGUUGGAAAAUUGCCGCCGCACUAAUGGGAAGACAUAUUGGUGGAGCUGUCAAUUAUGUCGCUAUAUCUGAUGCCCUUGGUGUCUCUUCAUCAGUAUUAGCAGCUGGACUUGCUGCGGAUAAUGUAAUUUGUGCAGCGUAUUUUGCAACAUUGUUUGCUUUAGCAUCUAAAGUACCUCCUGAACCAACGACAUUUAAUGAUGCGACGGAUGCUGGAAAGGAUGCAGAAAUUGAGGAUAGCAGCAAGCUUCCGGUGUUACAAUCUGCCACAGCCCUUGCUGUAUCGUUUGCCAUUUGUAAAGCUGGUUCCUACCUGACCAAAUAUUUUGGAAUUCAAGGUGGUAGCAUGCCAGCAAUUACCGCCAUCAUUGUUGUCUUAGCAACCAUUUUUCCCAAGCCGUUUGCUUACCUUGCUCCUUCUGGUGGGGCUAUGGCUAUGAUUCUAAUGCAGAUUUUCUUUGCUGUAGUGGGAGCAAGUGGAAAUGUAUGGAGUGUCAUCAGCACUGCGCCAAGUAUCUUCUUGUUUUCUCUUGUCCAGAUUGCAGUCCAUCUUGCCAUAAUCCUUGGUCUUGGAAAGCUGCUUCGCUUCGACCAAAAGUUGCUGCUGAUAGCAUCGAAUGCCAACGUCGGAGGUCCCACUACAGCCUGCGGGAUGGCCACGGCUAAGGGUUGGAGUUCAAUGGUUAUUCCUGGAAUUCUUGCUGGAAUUUUUGGAAUCGCUAUUGCAACUUUCCUAGGGAUUGGAUUUGGAAUGAUGGUCUUGAAAUACAUGUAAUACCAUUCAAAUUUAGAUCAUAAAGUCCUCUGCUUUUCUCCAAAUUCCUGUAACUUAUUUAAUGGAACAACUUAUU